AGUCACGCAGACAUUACGUCGGAUCCAGAAUGCCUUUCCUGGCUCCCAACCAAAAUUGGAAUCCUUCUUUCUCGUUGAGCGCCUCCUGGUUUCACCUCUCAAUUGGAUCCACGAAUCAUAAAUACAACAUCAUCUUCAUACACCGCUUCAUAUCACUUACCGACUGUCUUCUACGUAGCAGGGCCUCAGGCCACGACGACCAAGCAUUCAAGAGGCUUUACAUCACAACGUAACUUCGUUCCAAAUCUUUCUAUGUAUUGUCUUGUGAUUUUGAGUCCUUUUGCUUAUAACCUAUCACGUAUCUUCGUAAAAAAAGUUUAAGUAAUCACUAUUUAAGAGUGAGAACUACCACAAUCAACAAGAAAAAUCAUGCCACCGAAGCAGAAGACUAAAGAGGAGAAGGCGGCCGAAAAGGCCGCCAAAGAGAAGCGGGCCAAGAACGCUGAAGACAAGACUUUCGGUUUAAAGAACAAUUAAGGCUUGACGUUUUCUUGUCUCGAAAGUAGAAGCAAUCAAUUUUGAUAUCUGAGUACAACUAAUGAAUGUGUUCACAGGUGGACAGCUUUCCUACCACCACAGAACCACUGAUGUCACCAGUUCUGAUUGAGUCUCAGGUCGUAAUGAAUGAGCUAGAACAUUUUCACUACCUGAGAUUGGCGGUUGAAUGAUGUUGAGUCUCUAAUGCAAAAACAAAAGUAAAGUUGUGCAGCAGCAGGUAAAGCAGAUCCAGCAGAGCGCGACUGCACAUGACAAGAGGCAGAAACCCAAGGAAGAUGAGAAAAAGGAUAACAAGAAAGCGUUACAGCAACAGGCCUUGCUAGCAGGCUUGUUCAAUAUGGCAGUGGACAAGAAAGGUCGAGCCUUCGACCCAACGGCCAAAAAGAAGGCAAAAGAAAAGAACAUGGAAGAAGAGCGAAGUGGAGCAAAUAUACCAGACGAAACGCAAAAGGUAUUUUUACCCACCGGCCAAUAUUGGCGUUCCACUUAAGAACCAACCACAUGAGCUAAGCAAAAUCUACUACGCCAAGAUCUUAGGGUAAGGAACGUAGUAAGCUCUCUACAGUAGCCUCAAUGUCAAUCUCUCGAGUUGUUAUAAUUUCCUUCACGACCGAACUCCAACUGGCCUUCGCAGAGGCUAUUAAAAACGCAAUUUCUCUAUCUUUAUCUUUAUUUUUAUCUUUGUGCAGGCUUUCGCAGAAGCUAUUAAAACCGCGAUUAGAAUGGCUAACGCGAAAGGCACGAAUUUGAGUACCGUUGGCGGCAGUGUCUACGUCCGAGACGUGCAGGGCGAUCCAAAACACGAAAAACACUUGAAGAAUGUACUUAAGCUUAUACAACAAAAGUUUUUUUUCUUAGAGGACUGACCGUCCCAAUGAAUACAACGUUUGCAUGCUCGCACUUGUACACAUCGUAACUAAGGAGCUGCAUUUGCAUUUUUACUCGUACAUUGUAAAAAUAAGUAAGGAGUUUGUUCGUGAUGCAAUAACUUCAUUGACCACGACGACCAAACAAUCUGAAAAUUUAUCUCCACUUCUACUUGUCUUCUUCUACUUGUCUUCUUCUACUUGUCUUCUUCUACUUGUCUUCUUCUACUUGUCUUCUUCUACUUGUCUUCUUCUACUUGUCUUCUUCUACUUGUCUUCUUCUACUUGUCUUCUUCUACUUGUCUUCUUCUACUUGUCUUCUUCUACUUGUCUUCUUGUUGAGCUCUUCAUCUCUUCGUCAUCAAUUUUCCUGCUCCUUUUUCAGGUAACAACUCUCCAUUUCAUUCGACGACGAAAAGCAGACUUCUGGAUCGCAGAAGAGGAUGCGGAUAAUUCCAACCCUACUAUAAGGUGUCAGGACGAUGUAGACGCUGAGAAUGCAGAAGACGACAGAGAUAUCUUCCUCCAAUUGGAAGAGAAAAGACAACCUUUUUUUAUGGCAUUGGAUGAUGCGAUAUUUAUAUUUGUGAAAUUUGUGCGUGCUAAAAAGGGUACGUUUUAGGUGUUCCUGUUAGACCGUUUUUUUGCGCCUCCUAAGGGAGAAAAGCAUAACAAACGGGACACAGAAACACCAAAAUCCUACCGCUAGUCGUGUCAUUGUGAACAAGUGGAGACUGUCUGUGUUGGAAGGUGUGCCGUACUAAAUGUUUUUGCCUCACAUAUGAACCUUUGAUGCAUCCUCUACAAUCCGGCUUAUCCGAGAUUCUUAUUCCCAUCUCCUUCUUCUAAUCUCUAUGGCGACACCACAUUAAAGCGAGUGGAUAUGCAGUAUCUGAAGUCGUGGUGGCUGGAGAGUGCGAGAUUGGAGUUAAGGCGAGAUCCAGAUACAGGACUCAUCUUAGAGGAGGCUUUGCUGAAGGUACUGCUUUUCUUCAACUAAUUUAUAAUUUGAUAAAUAUUGAUGUUUUACGUUUUCCUUAGGUGGGAACCAGUGUGUAGUAGUUUCUUUUCUAGUACUAGACGGAGCAAAUGGUCAAUAGGUAUCAAAAUUUUAUCUCACAAUAUCUAUGUUAUGUUUAUCAAUAAUAGCAUUUGAUUCUUGUCCUGACUAGCUGAUCAUCUACUAUGUUCAAAUUUAUUCAGGCUCGCAUGGCCCCUCCGAAGAAGAUGACAGGCGAGCAGUUGUUUAAGUCGAAUCCUUCGCUGGCUCAUGCCGCUCAUCAUGAAGAGGGGACCGCAACUGCUACUGCGUCGACUGCGGCGAGUCAAACCACGCAUGAGGGCUCCCCUAGCACGCGUGGUGGUGCGGCGGAUUCAGACGAGGAGGAGGAGCUCGAGAGGGACGAAGACGUGCCUGUGGGCCGCGCAUGGGGGGAAGUAGAACUAGAGGUACCGAUAGAAGAGCAGAGAAAAGAAGCUGCUGCUAGUUCCGAAGGACAGAAAGCUAGUGUAGCGAAUGGAACGGCGGGAGAAGAAUGGUAAAUCAAUUUGUAUAGUAUCUCGUAUAAGCUAUAUCGAAUUGUGAGCUUCGAGAAGUUCUGCACUCCUUGCCCGAGAGUCUGAAUUUUUUUUGAGCAUAAAGACGGACGAAAGACGGGCGCACGGCGAUGAUUUUUUUAUGCUGGAGACGAUGAGAGAGACAAAGAAGCUAGACCAAGAACGUAGACGAAGAAGCGAGUCGAUACAUUUGAUUACCAUCUUUUUGCUAACUUUCUCUUUGUUUUCGAUCUGUCGGCGCUUCGUCUACGUACAGCUGGCCUCUUUUCUGCUUUUUCAGGCGUUACAUCUAAGGCGUAGAGAGACGCAAGGCAUUUACUCUGCUGAUGGUCUAGAAUGCGCACGCUCCUGCUUACGGCGUUGCGUUCUGCCUUUUUUUUCAUAGGAAACAGAAAAAAAAUUUCUGCUAUCUUAUCAAAAAACUAAAGUUGGCGCUUUCGUUAGUUUUCGUCUACGCUCUGCGUCUCUGCGUCGUGUUUCUCUCUCGAAACGCUUCCAGUUUCCAUGGCCCAGCCCUCUAAGGCUCUCCCCCUUUCAGGUCUAUGAUCUGCGGGCGCAGUUGGUAGCUAGCCGCAGUACCCGCCAAGGAGUGCGCGACGUCAGCCACCAGCCACAAGGGUGGCGAUGCCUCUGCGCUGAAACUCGUGCGCAGUAUGGGCGAAAAUAAAUCGCAAGUCCGUACUGAUUUGCUCACGGUGCCGGACGUGCUCCGCCGCGAUUUUUCGGAGAAGUAUGAAAGUGAAAAGCUUGGCGCUGGCUGCUGCGUACCAACCACCCCCAAGCCCCUACGCAGCACCCCACGGAUUUGCCUACUUCCGACCCCUCUGCGCCUUCUUCGUCGGAGCUCCCAGCGAGCUCAAGCGGCUGCUGCUGGUAAGUGUCUGCCGAACUCUUUGCGUGAGAAGCUACCCGACCCCAUACGCAACCGAAAAGCUUGGGGGGAAUUCGUCACAUUCAUACCCCUCCGCAUUUCCACUCUUCUUCCGAUACCAACACCGACGCGGAAGCACUCAAGCAAGAAACAAGAACAAACCAACUUCGCGGCCAGCGAAUCGCCCAAGGCUACCUGCCACGACAAUGAAAAGCGUUAGCACGAGCAAAGCCAUGAAGGCUAAAGGCGUUGGGGAAGAGCCUGCCUCUUUGAAGAAAAUGGCGAAAGUGGGCAACCCAAUUAAAAAAAACACAAAGCAACCGAAAGCAGCGACGAAGGCUGCCAAAGUAUCGAAGAAGGCUGCCAAAACACCGGGGAAGGCUGUCAAAAAAAUGAUGGCCAUGGAAGCGGAGUAGCUUGCUAUGUAACUUCCUCACUGUGGCUCGCAUCGCUUUCGAACGCCAACGAUAGACGCACUCUCAUCAGUUUCCGACUUUAGAACGCAACGCAUCGCGAUCACUUCAGUAAAAUGAAAGCAAAUCGAUCAAGUUCGAGAAUGAAAGCGCGGCGCCCGGUUGAUGGCUCCCUCUCACUUUCCAUCUAUCCAAGUGGAGGCCUUCGAGCAAUAUAGAAAAAGCACGCAGGUAAUACGUACGGGAACAGUAAGCGAGUGCCUCGCUCGGUGAUAUAUUAGAAAGAGCGCCAGCAAAUCACUGCGGGCGCUAUCCUUUACGAAUUGCAUGGAGAGCCUCCAGACUGGCCCAGAAUGGCGCCACAGUUGUGACGAACUUCGCACACGGUUAAGGAUCAAGAUCAACACGAAUGCCACGCACAGGAACAAAGCUACGGCAUACCGGUGAGCCAUCAGCUUAACCAGUCCACAGCAUACCACACGCAUGCCAUACGCAUAAAAUAAACGCCAGAAGCGUCCAAAUGACACGACGCCAAAUAGGGCCGCACAAUCAAAGGAGAAGCCGCCUCACAUCAGCGCGCGGCAUUUGCAUUACCUGGCUAACGCGUCUCGCACUGUGCGCGUGUUCUCUUGCAUUUUUUGCAAGCGACGCCAUCGGUGUCGACGGUUCAGCCGAUGCACCACGGCGCGCGACAUGAGAGGAGCUAAACCGGACAAAAAAGCAAAAUAGGGCCACCGAGUGCGUUAGGGUUGCGCGCUUCAUUGUUAUGCCAUCGCGGUCGGGCUUGGUCUCUCUUUUGCUCUCUAUGCAUAGAAUUCAAAUGCCCCGCGUCUUCUUCUGCUUUCUUGUCAUGUCUUUGCUGCAAGUCAUGCCAUCAGCGUGCUUUUUCCGGGGCAAGAGAUGCUGCACAUGCGCCGGCGCCAGCUGAACGAGAACGACGACGGAGACACUCGCGGCAAGUUUCUUUUUGGAAUUGGAAACCAAAGAAAACAGAACACCAGUCCAGCGAUGUGGUUGGGAUGAUCUUCACGGGCGCGAGCACUAUCCACGCACGAGCAUGAAGCACGGUGUAACCAGAACUGACAGUCAAGAGUUGUCAAGAGAACUGGCACGUUGUGAAGGUCCAAGUGCGAAGUCUGAAAUCGGUCAUGUAUGACAGAACUUCGCAUGAGUUUUAGACGUUUGUCAGCGAGAGCAAGCUAGUUCAGUUCAGAACGUAAGAACGGUGUGCACGUAAGUACAAGCACAACAAAGAAGCACGACAAAACAACACUGAGACUCCUGGACGAUUCUCAACCUAUGAGCAUCCUUCGACGAUGUAGUCUACGUUUGUUUUGAGUUAGAUUGUAACUACGUUUUCACGUAUAUGCAAGUAAGCAACACGUAAACAACAAAGUGAGUAAGUUUCCUGAAACUUGGCUACAACUUGAACAAAGUAUUCAAGUGUUCACGCAAUCCCAAAUACAUGGAUGGCAAUUGUUUCGUGGAGAGAUCAGUCAUUUUCGGUUACAUUGGUGCAUCAGCCGAGAAUCGAAUCCGACUUCGAUCAUCCGGCACAGUAAAACGAUGGCAACGACGAACAACUACCACAGUUGAAUAGCACGAUACAACUACACUAGUCUCGUGUUUUUUAAAAAAAUAAAAAUCCAACAACAUAAGGAUAGAUAGCAAUACUAUCAGCGACAUGCGAUAGAUACACGAAGAACAAGAUAAGCAGAAGGAGCGCGCUGGCUAACCGACGGAAAGUGCUUGCUUGCGUUAUCUAUCUUCUUGUUCUUCUUCCUUCUUCUUGGUGAGAAGUCUUCUUGCGUGGGUGCGCUACGCGGACUGACGAAGACUGCCGUUGGAGUAAAAACGUAAAAUUUUUUUCUCUCGGCGACUUCUAGUAGAGCGGUUAGCUAACGAAGACAGCGCGGCCCGGUCUUAAGGUCGGCUGCAGUUCUCCCUUUCGCAACUUGGGAUGUCUUUGCAGCUGGCCUAGCAAGGUAAGGAAAACCGAAACCAGACGCAAAGCCACUUCCAAGCUGCGAAGCGGAGAUCGCAGACCAAACUAACAACCAGCAAGCAGCGCUUCUACGUCAAAUUCUACUUUUCCGAUAAGCAGCUUUCCCCUUUUCCGCGCGUGUUUACGUGGCCUCUAUCUUCUAGUAGAGUAGUGGACCUGCAGCAGCUACUUCUUCUUCCUGCAGUCGACCGUAGUACACGACACCCAGAGAUACCACGGCCGCAGCAGCGUUACGGUCGGUUGCGAUUCUCCCUAUCGAGUCUUGGGGUGACAUCUUUGCAGCCGGCCACGGGAGAGCACGACGGAAGAUUCACCCCAAGCAGCACACAAGGGAGAAUCGCAGUAGCACUAACUGGACACCCAUCCGAAGUCAAACGAAAGACGCUGACCUAGUGGCUUUGCGAAACAAGCAGCGGCUUUUUGGUUUUGCGAAACAACGGCUUCGAUCGAUUUUGCGAAGCAACGGACUCGGACAGUUUUGCGAAGUAAGCAGCGGCUAGUGGUUUUGCGAAGAAGCGGCGGCUUUGUGGUUUUGCGAAGCAACGGCUUCGGACAGUUUUGCGAAACAGGCAGCGGCUUUGCGGUUUUGCGAAACAACGGCUUCGAACGGUUUUGCGAAACAACGGCUUCGAUCGAUUUUGCGAAACAACGAAAGAACGGCUUUGCGAAACAACGGCUUCGGACAGUUUGCGAAGCAAGCAGCGGCUUUGUGGUUUUGCGAGUAUCGGCGUUUCGGAGGUGUUGCGAAGCAAGCAGCGGCAGGCUUUGUGGCUUUGCGAGAAAACGGGUUCUCAAAGGUUUUGCGAAACAGCAAUCAGCCUCAAGUGGUUGCGCAAAAGCGUUAAGGUCGGCUGCAAUUCUCCCUGCUACGUCUUGGGGUGACGUCUUGUCUUGCAGCUGGCCACGGGAUAGCACGGUGGAAGAUAAGCCAGCACCCCAAGCAGCAUCCGAGGGAGAAUCGCAGAAGACUAACAUAUAACUGCAAUUCGGUCCGACGACAGAUUUGACUUUGAGGCUUUGCGACACAAGCUGCGGCUUCUCGUGGUUUUGCGAAUUACGGCUGCAGCAGCGCGCUGAGGUUACGUUAGUUCAAGAAGCAUCGGCUUCGGACGGUUUUGCGAAGCAGCGCGUUUGAGGCUUUGCGAAGCGGCGGCUUUGAGGUGUUGCGAGACAACCCGUCGGACGGUUUACAAAGCAGCGGAUUUGAGGCUUUGCGAAGUAGCGGCUUUGAGGUGUUGCGAAACAACCCGUCGGACGGUUUACAAAGCAGCGGGUUUGAGGUUUUGCGAAGCAACGGCUUCGGACGGUUCUGCAAAGCGGCGGCUUUGAGGUGUUGCGAAACAACGGCUUCGAACGGUUUUGCGGAGCGGCGCAGUUGAGGUUUUGCGAACCAGCGGAUUUGAGGUUUUGCGAAGCAACGGCCUCGGACGGUUUUGCGACGCGGCGCAUUUGAGGUUUUGCGAAGCAGCGCAUUUGAGGUUCUACUAAGCAACGGCUUGCCAAGGCUUUGCGAGCUAAAGAGUGGCAUUUUGACGGAUUCGCGAACAAGUCGACAGUUGUUCUAAAAGUUUUGCGACAAUCAAGUGCAAGACUCGACUAGUACGACCGCAGAAGCUGUUCUACAGGUGCUGUGAGGCCACUACUCCAUCGUGGUGGAUCAUUAAUCGCAGCGUGGUGCAAUUGCUACCAAGUUCCGACAAUCCUACCGGAGAUUGCAACGGACUAAAAGCAAUUACAGCCGCCCCGAGUAACACUAACAGGCUGGAGCUGUAAGCGAUUUAAUGAGCUCGCUUGACCAUUCUGACAACGAUCAAGGGAGACAAAAAGAAGCGCACGAGCUUCGCAGCACACUCGGACCAAACGAAACUGAUCAGCUCCAUCCGCGCCGAAGGAUGAGCUUGAUAGUGAAGGGCAUCGAUAUUGGCACUCCGCCACAGGCGUUCGAUAGCCUAGCUUCUUCGGACGAGAGCAUGAACUCAGUGUCGUCCAGCGGGGUCAAGGAGCACUUUGCAGUACUUCGUAGCGUUCACGUUACGUUGCAGCAGAUAGUCACGGAGGCCGGAGCGUUUGAGCUCGGUCAGCAAGCAGACGACGGCAGCAUGCAGAACAUGCUCGACGACCUGGGCAAGCACGUGUGCAGACUAAACGGAUUAGUGCACAAGACGGGCGAAACAACAGACCUCCUCCGAGAUGACGCGGAAAAGGUGAAGUCGCAAGUAGUAACAACGCACUCCUGGCUUAUCGAGCUAUAUCAGGAGGUGACCAGACACGCGGCAUCAGUUUCCAGUGCGUUAUUGGAGAUCAGAAACAACGUAGUGACCAAAGCAACACUCGCGUCCGAGUUGUCCACGAGUGGCAUCUCAGCAGACGUUACGAGAGCAGCGGCACAGACAGCAACUGACGCGCAGAUGCAGGCUGCCGCUACGAGUGCGCGCCUCAUCGCCAUGCAGGUCGAAGUGGACGCCGUUAGGGCUCGACUCGACGCAAAAGAAACAGGAGCGCAGUUCUUCGCGAUGUCGCCAACAGCUGGGUCUCCAGCGAACGUCGAGGACGAUAGCGUAAGACAGGUUCUUCAGCAGGAUCUAGAGCAGCUAAAAGAGCAGGUCGAGGACAACAAGCGCGACCUCUGCUACGAAAUCGGCAAGAUUCGCGACGAUAUGGAGCUCGUUGCGAACAUGAGGGGCAGAAUGGCAAAAAUCGAAGCCAGACCGAUCCCCAAGCCAGACACGUGCGACUGCCCGAGGCUCAUCUGUGACCUCCGCGUAGAGUCAAGCGCGUGGCGAGCUGAGCACAAAAAGGAGCACGACGCCUGGACAGAGAAGCUCCGCGCUCUUUCGGAGCGCGUCGAUGAGCAGGAUGGCAAGGUCGUGGCGAUGCAGCUUCGCGUGGACGAGUUCAGAGACAGCAUCGCGAAGCAGGUGACGGAACAGGUGCAAACCAGGCUCGGGCCUCUCCUAGCAGGAAUAGAGAAGCGGCUGAUGAAGAACAUUGAGGACACCGUGGCAGCGGCGACGCCGCAAGUCGUCCCCACGGCAGACACGACGGUGGACGAGUUCGAGUUAUACGCUGGUGAGGAACGAUGCUUCUACUCGGCUGACGCGCUCCCGGAGGACACAACAACGCGAUUCGUCAUGAUCAACAACGACAGCGACUUCGACUGCGGAGGCGACGAGACGAUAACGGAGGCGGAACUCGCGGACGAAUUCCCAGAUGAUGAGGACGCGAUCCUCGCCAUACGUGGAGGCAUAGUCCUCCCGCGAGGCCUCGGCAUAGCAUCGUCCACAACGGCAAAGAAACGACGGCUGGCCCCGCAGGUUAUGCUGGUAGCGCAACAAGGGACCGACGCCAACGUCGUGUGGUUUCAGUUUACAGACGAGUCAGUGCAUGCAGACAAAGCAGCAGCUCUUCCGCUGGCAGAACGACAAAAACUGCGCCAGCUGAUAGUGACAGCAAUCGCUACAGAGGCUGGAGUCCCUGAGUCUGCAGUGACGGUAGUCCUCUACACAGGGUCAAUCAUCAUCCAAGGCACGGUUACGUUCGCGGACCAAGCGCUAGACAAUGUCUCGGAAUCUGAGCAGACUGAGAAACCAGCGUCGAUCGCUAACCCAAACCCUGUAAAUGCCACCAAGUCAGGUUAUGCAGCGUCAAGGUGCUCAACGACAACAUGCGCAGUACCAAUGCCGCAGCAAGCUUCACACCGACCAAGAGCAGUCCAGGACGUAGAAGAACGUUUCCGCGUCUACGUCACGGCGGUCGUCGAGGGGGCUUCUUCGUGUGAGUUCGGUAAGGUGCGCAUAGUGACGGUGCAGGAGGCUGUGCAGAGCUACGCUGCUGCGGCACAGGCAAUUGGUAGGCUGGACGCAGGCGCAUCCAUCGCGGAUGACGAGGUAGUGUUCAACGCUUUCUACAUCGCUGAGUGGGAGACGCCACAAGACGCGAAGGACGCGGCGAGGGCAAACCUAGUAGUAGUGGACUUUACAGUGCAUAGCGUCGAGGCGAUCGAGCUGCUAGACGCGGAAAAACGACCAGGCAUCCUGCGAUCUAUCAAAAAGGGGAUAGCAGACGCAGUCAUGUACCCAGUGUCGGCGGUGCGCAGCAUCGACAUGUUCGUGCCUGACACGGACUCGGGCGUGGUGGUGCAAGCGGUGCUGCAGGUCGACGCAAGACCAACGGGAGGCAUUGCGCAAUCCUCAGGUACCCAGCAAGCGUCCGCAGCGGACAUCGUGAAGAACAAGCAGACAGUAUCCAUGAGAGCAGAAUACACGGGUAAGACGGCUGAGAAAGCUCAGGCGAAAGCCGAACUAGAUGCGUUGCAGCUGCUAAUCCAGCGCUCGCACAGGAACUGGCAGGCAGUCUGGGACCAGCUCGGGUCGGAUAACGCAAAGCAUCUUGGUGGCAUUCCCCUCAAGAUAUACAAGGCAGCAUUGGCACGGAUGGCGACACUGCAGACGCUCUUCAACCUCUUCGAGAAGGAGAAGACGCCGCCUGCAAAGCGCCAGUAUCCGCUCAUGCUGGAAGAGUACGUGCUCAAAAAUACCCUCACUUAUAGCUACGAGCAGCUGGUGAAGAAGUUCAUCGCGGACAUCCGGUCUGCGUUUGGACUCCCGGAGUCAGACCAGGGCGCAGUGGACCUGAGUUUCGAGGUUCUCCGUGAAACAACACCCGCCAACACGUCCGCUUCUGCGGUGCACGAGUGGGUGCGAAAUGUGGAGACGCAUUUCGAAACAUGGGUGACGGAACGAAGGGCGCGCAAGCAGCAAGCACCAACGGAAGACACAAAGCAGUCUGAAGACUCGUACAUCGCCGAGAUCAUGUCCCGCUUUCUUUCGGUGCUUCCGGAUGAGUAUGUCAAGGAGUUUCGCCAAAGCUGUCGCCAUCUCGGAAAAGAGACAAGCGAACGCACGCUGGCGAUGCUGCUGAAGAACAUCAAGGCUCAAGCUGAGGAGGGGCUCCAGAUGGGCAGCGGCGGAGCCAACGCAGGCAGCGGCGGAUCCGGUGGCGGACUUCACGGGAAACGAGCAAGCAAGACGCUCUCGCCUGAAGAGAAUAGGAGCGUCAACGCGUUCGCCAAGGACAAGCAAGUAGACCCUGACAAGUUAGCCAUGUUCUUGCAGCAGCAAAAGACGGGCGCUGGCCAGCCAGACAAAACCAAGUGCAACGGCAAAGGCCACUUCGGUUCGCAUCUCCGCCAGUGGUUACAGGCGAUGAUCAACAGGCAUGGCCUCAAGGAGAUGCAAGGCGGACACAUGGGCGAUUGCACGACAUGCGCAGGGAGCCACCAGAUAAGCACAACGUCGGGGACAAAGCUGCUGUGUAUCAAUACGUGGAUGCAGGAGGCAGGCAUCAAGCCGAUCCGAAACAAGGCGUCGGGAUGCAGUCACUGCAUCAGUGACGAGAUCAAGGUCGACACCGAGGUGCUCAAGUCCCUGAGGGCCCAGCAAGAGAAAACAGACGCAGAGAAACGCGCUAAGGAGGCCCAGAAGACGCAACGAGACGCAGACGCUGCUGCGAAGACAGCAGGCGCUCUCGGCGCUGGGACGGAUCCAAACUGGCGCAACGGAAAGGGCAAAGGCAAGAAAGGAAAAGGCAAAGGCAAAGGACACUACGGCAGGCAAGGAUCGCAGCAGCCGCAGCAGUCUGUAAACUCCGUAGACUACGGCGCUGCCACACAAUCAUGGGGAUGGGCAGACGACGCGUCAUGGCAGGACUACUCACAGCAGUGGCCUACGCAAUGGCAGCCGCAGGCGCAGCAGGUUCAGCAGCCGACCGCCGGAGCCGGAUCUGCUACCCAUCAGCCAGCAGUCGCGAGCGCCACGGCGCAACAACCAGCGGCGUCGGGGCUGGCCGCAGUAUACGGGCGUCCUAUCACGAACGCCAGCGGAACGCAGAUCCAGCCAAGGAUGGCCGUUCUUCGUCCAGCGGUCGGCAGUGCCAACCCGCAGCCGGAGAUCAAGAAGCUUGCCCUUGCCUCGAUGUACCCCGACACGACAGCAGUUGCAGCGACGCAUACGCACGGGCGGGUCGGCGCAGCGGCAGCCGCGACCGAAUCAGACCCAGCAAAGCCACACGGAUAUCACAUGGCUGUGUCUAUCGCUGGUCACAAGUACUGGGCAGAGAGCGAUACAGGAAACACAAUGGCAAAUGUGGUAGAUCCGAACUUGUACGAGAGCUGGAUUACAAACCCAGCCUUCAAAGACGCGGUUCGCCCGAUAUGCGACGUCGAUCUGCGGGCUGGACAGUUUAUACCUUCUGGAACUCGCAUCUCGUUCACGACGUCGUGCUUCGCCGAUAUCCAGAUCCAUGACAGGCACGACCCGAGUAAGUUCAUCAACGCGACGGUGCUUCUUCUAGUGUCAGCGCAGCCCACCGGAUCGCCACUAAACCUGUGCGCAUUCGAGCUGCUACGCAUUGGCAUGGUCCCGAGCCAGCCUGUGCUACUAGAUGGAAUUCAACCAGAAAUGUCGCAUCCGCCAACCUUGGACCACCUCGAGGGUCACAUCAGGAACUGCUGCCCCGUCGCAGCGCGCCCAGUGAUCAUCACUCGAGUUCCGUCGAUCUCGGUCACGCCAGUGCCGGUCUUGUCGAAUGACUUGCUCGGGCCGAAACAGUCAGCAAUCGUCCAAAUCAACCUUCCGCGUGAGGCACAGCUCGGGUAUGGAUUCAUAGUAGUAGAACCAACGGCAAGACUGAUAGCCAAGGGUGGAUGGUUUACCCCGGUAUUUGCGCGCCAGUGCGCCCCUGAAGCAGUAAAGUUCAGCAAGGCGCCGCCGGUGCAGCUCGUGCUGCACAACGAGUCUGGCGACUACAUCGCGCCAACACUAGAAGACGACGAGUUCGAGGUCAAGGUUUGCCGCGGGCCUGCGAUGGCUCAGCAUAUAGCGGAUCCGGAACAAGUCGCGGAAUACAUGCUGCAACAGGAACAGUGCGUCAAGGUGACCAAGUGGGAAAAGCGUGAGGCGUCUCGUGCGCAGAAAGCGCCAGAUGCUAUCAUGAAGCUGCGCGCGCGCCUACGGGAGCUGCAAGACAAAGACGACGCGCAGGUCGCGGACGAGGAGCUCGAGAUCCAAGUCGUCCAGAACUACACGUCGCAAUUCCCAAGCGAGCUAUCAGCCGAGACUGGUCUACGGCUUGCUGCAUCCGCCGCGCACCGCUGUAAAGCGUACCAUUCACCAGGCAGAACCAAUCCGGUGAUCGAAGGUGCCGAGGCUAGGUGGACGCUUGCGCCUGGCGCAGAGCCGUUUGUUGGCCGAGCCAUCGCACUUGGAGCGUAUGACACGGAGGCUAUGACGCACCACGUCGUCACCACGGUCAAAGUCGGGCGCGACAGACCGUAUGACAAGGCGCUGGCGUCAGAGAUCGGCCUGCCGCUUGGAAUCUCCACGGGGUUCUUGGUUCCGAAGCCAGACGUGAAAAACCCAGCGGGCAAGCCAGAGAAGCGAGUGGCUAUCCACUACAAGGACCACAACGAUAACACGCUAGGCCCAGUGUGGUACACUAAGCCGCGAUCGGUGACGUCAAUAAUCCGUCGAUUCAAGUUCGGAAAGGACGCAUACUUCGGCUUCUCUGGGCUGCGUGUGUCCCCUCAAACGUCACGGUUGGUCGCAUGGCAGUCCAACGUCUCGGCAGUGCCGCUGCUGGCGCCGAUAGGUUCCACUCUAGGAGCAAAACAGCUACCGCCGUUGUUCAACGCGGAGACAGACACGACAUUCGGCCAGAUGGAGUCGGGUUCAAACGAGAUGAUCUUCGAGACGUUCGUCGACGACAUAGAAGCCAGUGGGGACGACAGGUUCGUCCAGGUCAAGAGCGCAAGCGCGUUGCCUGAUCUGACUGUUCCAGAGGUUCCAGUUCUGCUCAUCGACCGACCUACAUUCACGAUAGACGAGCCUGAGGUCGUGCCAGACAGCGAGCAGCAGCUGCGGUCAAUGCCAGGCAUUCCGUUCGACUUCAUCGGCGACAAGCAGUACCGAUACAGCGCAGAGAAGAGCAAGCAGCGAAUCGACCUCCACAAGCAAGUGUCGGACAAGAUCAUGCGAGGCGCGUCAGCUAACGCAGGCAUGUACACGAUCGGCUUCGACAUAUCGGACUCGAGGCGGGCGGCGUCUGUCUUGCCGAAGGCACCGAUAGAAGACCCAGCCACGCCGGACACCGCGCCGAAGGUUUCGGUGCAGAUCAUGCAGGCGUUUGCAACAGUGAGCUGGCGCGAUCGGUUCACAGAUGUUCAAUGGAGCGCACUGACAUCAAUAACAACGCGUGACUUAGCAGGCAAAAUCCUCCACGUAUUCACUCCCGGCGGUUCAGCGCAGGCAAUAGCACCAGUGUCGGGAGAGCUACAUAGACCAGUGUCCAUCGUGGUAACGUGGGCACUCGCCGAGAAUACGGACAUCAGACACGCAGUCGAGGACAUCGGCGGGCGUGUCUUCCUCGAGAAUCAGUGCGUAGACGCUGACGGGCGACUCCUCGCGGCAGCGCUGCUCAAGGGAUUUCAAUUUUCCCUCGAGAAAAAUCAGGUCGCGCAAUUGGAGUCUGCCAGAUUGGGCCUCCGCCGAACAGAGUGUGGCGGUGAAGCGGUCGGCGACAAAGCUCUUCUGAAACUCGACAAUAUGAAGUGCGUCGCAACAAAAGAGUCAAUCCAAGGGCUAAUCAAUUCGACUGCGUGGGAGGGUAUCCGAGAUUACCUCUAUGCAUACGUCGAGAUUGCGGACCACCUACGUCGGUACACGCUACCGGCGUCAAAUAAGCGGCACCUCCCAAUGCGACUCUUUCCGAGCGAUGAGAAAGCUAACCGGUAUUGGAGGCAGCUAGUAUCAUCGGUCGACCGUACCUUAGUGAUUUAUCCAAUCGACUUCUCGUCUGUCCUCUUCUUCUACAUCCUCGGCGACUCUUCGAAAAAAGGCAUGAGCGCCUCACUCCACGGGGUAUACGCGACACGGCCUGGGGAGCCUCCGGCAACGCAAGAGCAACGUCAGCAAAGCCUCCAUGGCGGUGAGCAAUAUGUCCGUACGCAUAAGGUCAUACGCCGCGGAUGGACGGUCGAGCAAAACCGCCCAGCGAAAAGCCGCGAGUUAAGGACAAUGCGCAUUGCUGUCACGGAGCUCUACCCACUGGUGCGGGGUUGGCCGACCAUAGUGGGGCAUGACCAUCAGACGAACGAUCCGAAGUCCCUCGAAGUUUCUGCUUUUUCUACCAACGUUGACGAGACGACCAAGCGGGACAUCAUGAAGAUGCGCCCUUUUCUGCACGAGCUCUACUUCGCGUGGAUCGGCGGAACAGCUUUGCGGUUUGCUGAUGGUAAUUCGCGUCUCUAUGAUGCGUUCGAGUCGAGUGAAUUGACGGACGUUCCAAAAGCCGUGCAGAAGAGCUGCUCCAUGAUGCAGCACUGGUUGCUUAACCCGUCGUCGCGCAAUGACCCAAACUAUGAGGCCACCUAUAGAGCACUUCGAGACGAGUUCUUCGACGAUGAUUUCGAUUCGGCUCCUGGUGAUGCCCACAGCGAGGGAGCAACAUCGGCGUACGCGCUUGGCGCACUACGCGCUGCAGACGACGUGGCAGACUUGGCGAUCGAACACAUAGUCAUCGACGAAGCCACGUGUCAGCGAGUUGGAGCAGCAACGAGCAGCAAAGCGACGACAGGCGCACCGAAAAAGACGAAGAUCGUGCUGGACGAGCUCUUAAGCAAUACCGACGCAGAGCUGACACCAGUGCGCAUUUUCUUCAAGGAAGACCUCUCGUCGUCAACCCUCUACCACUACAAGAACUUCGUGUGUGAGGUGGAUGUAGUACAUGCAGGGGAGAAGCAAAAAGUGAGCAAGUGGUUCUCAGCAGCAAAAUAUGGCGGAACCGAGCCAGCGAAGCUCGCCUGCUUCCGGUUUGCGAGAGCGCUCAUCGGACGAAGAUGGGGCCAGGAUGACAGCGCCAAAGUUGUCGACGGUCAUCACGGAAACGACAUGCGUGAAUUCCUCAUUGUUUCGCCACUUGAGCGCGGGUUCUCACUCGGCGCGGUUGCGGUUGAUGUGAGCUUCAAGUGCGUGAUGUUUUCAGACGACAUCCAGUGCGACAACUACAUGACGCUCUCGGCUGCGCCCGGUGUCGUGUAUGCGCGGUGCCUCGGCCACGGCUCUGCAAAAGAUCACGUCGCGCCAGAGCCUAACGAGAUCCCCGCGAGCAAGUACGCUGAGCGACUGACGGAGACGCGAUGGCGUCGCGUUCCAAAGAAAACCGAGAUGAUAUGCGCUGAGAUCUUAGCUGGUAUUCCGACCAAACAGUCACUCGUCGACCAAGCGCUACUGGAGACGUGUGAGCCAGGUUCCCCAGCCGCGGGCCCGGUCCACAAUACGUUCGACGCACUUGCGUCUUCAGACGACGACGUCGAGGACGAUAUCUUGGCUCCAGAGCAGACAGCACCUCCAAAGCAGGCUGCACCUCCAGACCAAGCAGCGCCUCAAAAGCAACAGCAACCCCCGCCACAGCCGCUGACUGCACCGGCAGCAAGCGCAAAGAGCAAGCACAAGACAAACUCACGAAAGAUCAAACCAAAAGUCAACUUCGACGACGGCGCCUCGGUGACGGUGUUUGACACUAAUGAAGCGGCGAAGGACGUCGCGUCACACAGCGCCGAUAGGGAUAGCAUGGCUUUCACGUGUGCAGACUACACGCAAGUCCAAGUCGCUCGAAAGCGCAUCGUGUUCGGACCCCGCGCCGUUCACUCGCCGAUAUUUCCGAAAGAGUGCGCAAACUCGCUGCAGGUUGGCGUCAACGCAGGAAACGAGAAGUAUUUCAUUGGAGGCAAAGGGAUCAAUAAGGCUUUCGCAACGGAAAUUGCUGCCGCAGGUCUAAGCGUGAAAGACACAGAACGACUCAUCAAGUCGUGUGUCGCUAUCGCAGUGCGAGAUCCUGGAACGGUCGCACGAGAAGCCCGAGGCGGAGCUAGUGCAAUUUCGUACACGCACGCAAGGUCAAAGGUAUCCUCAGCCACCAGCGUGACGUGGCCGGGUACAAAUCUAGCGAUGAUCUACGUCGUCGGGCCAGACGGCAAGUCGGCGAUGACGAAGAAAGACUACUCGAAACAAGUAGUCCAAGCAGCUCAGUCGAUCGGAGUCGUCGCAGGAGAGCUGCGCAAGGAGAUCAAGCGACCGAUGAUAGUGCAAAUCCCUCUAGUAUCUGGCGGCGCCUUUCGACGAGCGAGAACGUCGAAAAGAGAGGUCGCGCAUCUUGUGCUGUCUGGGCUUAUGCCGCACUUAGGCAUCGACCCACUCACAGCGGGCAUCAAGUGGGUCUUCUCGUAUGACGAAGACGCUUUCGCGCUAUCGUUUAAUGCGAACGCAGCAAAAGAACACGCAAUCAGCAAGGCAGUGUGCGGAGCGGCGCUCGAGACAGAGGCAGGCGCGAACUCAGACGCAUUCUCUGACUUUGAUUCGGAGCUGUCUUUUCCGGGUCUCACGCGUGAGGAUCCAGUCGACACGGCAGACGCGGGAUCUGGGCUCGGACUUCUCGGCGAGCCAUCAGACGCAAUCGAGCUUUCUGACAAACAGCAAGCUGCAGCGAAGGCAGCGUUCCAAGAGUUGCGCGAUGCUGAGAGGGUUUCCGCAGCGGUUCCAGACGAUACGACCGGCGUAAUCACCUGUGGUAGACCGUAUCAGGGCGUAGUUGUACUAGUCUCGAAGAGCAAGAUGCAGUUCGCAGGACUAUCGGGAUUUCAGUCAACCAUGGCGACAGGAGUUCAACUGCACAUCCCAGAGCGAAUUGCGGGCCGAUGUUUCGCUCUGCUAGCAUACGGUGACGCAGAGGCGCAAGAUGGUGACUCCAUUCAGCGGACUGCAGUCUCGCUGUUUAUGCACAACAUCUCCAUAGAUGAGCUACGACAAAAGCAAGCGACGUGCGUCGAGUUCGGUUUCAUGCUGCGCUUCUUGGCAGGUCAGCGAGUUACCGCAGCCGAAGAAAGAAAGGCGAAAAACAUGCGCGGGCGGUUCCGAAUAUCUGGCGACGUCCUUCUCUUCGACGACAAGAUCUACAUCCCGCUUCAGAGCGCUCCGGAUUUCGAGUUACAAGACGAAUUCGUAGCAUCCACAACGCACCUUCGCGUCGCGCUCGUGACUUUCGUGCACCGAAAAUGGACACUACACUCCUCACCGAUGAAAACGAAACAGGCCGUGGAACGUUACUUCUCGUGGCCGACGCUGAUGAUCACAGUCAUGUCAGUCAUCAAGAAGUGCCUCCAGUGCUUGGCGCUUCAUGCAGCCGAGGACAGCAACUCGCUGUAUUUGUGCAACCCGGCUCCUUCUGAGCUCUUCCGAGAAGUGGUGAUCGACCACAUCACGGACUUACCGCCAUCUACAAUAGACGGCGUUACUUACCGCAACGUCCUGCGAGUCGUAGAGCGGUCAAUUGGGCUCGUGUGGCUCGUUCCGGUGCAGACGAGAUCUCCUCGUGAGGCUUUCAACGCCUUUAGUAUAGUCUUAGUUCCACAAAUUGGCUGGCCCAUGCGAGCAACAGCAGACCAGGCCUUUAAAGCUGUGAAGCGUGACUUCCGAGAAAGGGGCACCUACUUGGCGCUCACCUUGUCAGAGGACGCCAGAGGCCGGCACGAAGUAGAGCGUGAUAACCGGUGGGAUGCGCAGCGGGUUUUCAAGACGUGUCACGCCGCACCGGAGUCAUGGCCUUUCGCGUUGCCUGCUCUGCAGAUUUUGAGUCGCAACACACCGCUAGACCGACUAGGAGGAUUCGCACCAAGCGAGCUACUUUGCGGCCAGCUCAUACGUGAGGAGAACGCGCAAGGCGUUGGGCCACCGGUGAAGCGUGAUCUCGAACGAGCGCGCAACCUACGUCAGCUUCUACCGCAGUUUGCAGAGGAGAUCCACACCAAGUCCAACAACUCGCAUCUUCAACGUCGAGGCGCAAUUGCAGGAACCGACAUCAACGAAGGGGAUUUCGUGUGCAAGCGUGUUGACUACGCAGAGAAGAAGGCGAAGUCCCGGCUCGAGUACGGGUGCGACUUCUCCAAAGUUUACUUCGUCGUCAGAGUCGCAGCAGGACGGACACUAGACGUUGUACCAGCAGACAUGAUAAUCCUCGAUCGUACAUCAGACGAGACCGAGGGUGGCGAGCUUGUCGAAAAAGUGCUUCAGACGGAAACACCAACGCGAGUCAGCGCCAAAAUCAUGAUCAAGGUGUCAUCUUCAAAAUAUGUCAGAUUCUUCGACACACCAUAUCAGACAGCAAACGAGAACGACGACUGCAUAGGAGUUAAUCUGCUAACCGGCAAGUUUAUCAUCCGCUCACGGCAGUCCAAUGCAGUCGCGGUCGCGGGGCAACGUCGUCAGCGCGUUCUUCCAUCGGUGAUCUACACCGAGCGAGAACGCUUAUAAAAACAAAGUGAUCAAGGGUUGGCCUCGUGUUCACGGGCCUCCCUCAAGUAACGUAAAUGCGGCGUGCUCAUGCCAGUGCAAUUCGCUCAGAUCACACGACUUUAGCUGCGUGAUUAUGCAGUCAAAACAACUGAAGACGCACGUGGUCACGUACGACUUCAGCCAUCAGAUGCGUCCCAGCAUGAUAUGCGGCGCAGUAUAACAGCAGUCGAGGUUCAAGCUCGGAGUUUCCGUUUUCAAAAGUUUUUCAAGUCCGACCCAACCAGAAGCACAAAGUUCCCAGCAGCCAAAAACAAGUCUGGGACUAAAAGGUGCUCUCUUUUAUAAGUAUGCACAUUCCGACGGAUACUCUUAUUGCGAGCAAACCACAGGUACUCGCAGUACGUUUCACACGAGUUUGACGACAGCAGAGCAAGGCGGUUUUUGUACAUUUUGCGGGUUUUUGUCGGCAGCAACUUCGGGCUACCGAGUUUCAAGAUCGACUUUCGACCGAUUUCAACCGAGUUCCAAAAGCGGUUUUUUAGAGGGUUUUAGCGUCUUUAAAACGACCACUGGGCGGAGUUUCAAGAUCGAUUUCUAACGGACCUUUAGCGACAUUCGACGGAUCCCCAUCGAGUUUCAAGAUCGAUGAGGGCAGCGGAAAUCCCUCAAGUUUCAGCGUUGUUUUGAGCGACUUUCGAACGCAGAGAUGCAGGAUAGUUUUGCAGAUUUUCGACAAUUUUCAAGUCAUAUUUUGCAGCAAGUUCGCUACCUUUUUGCACGAAUCCGCACCCAGAUAGCGGGUUCUCUUAACUUCGCACAAGCACCCUGUUGAGCACACCGUGGUGCAUUUGCCAGCCACCAACUUCCCUACCGAGUGGAAGAAUUGGCGACCAAGCAAAUACAGCCGGACCAGAGAACUAACACACUAAAAGUACGCACUUCUGAGGACAGCAGUGAGCCAGCUGCUUUCUAAACGAACUAUCUCUACGCUUCUACCUUACCUAUGGGCAGAUAAAACUGAGGACCAAAAAAAGUUAUUGUUUAAUGGCGUCAAACAUUAACCGGCCGCAAGACAGACAGUUCUGUAGCGUGCCUCAUUCACUCCUUCCACGGAUUUACUAGUCCUCGAGUUACCGUGAACUCGGCACCAUUAGGGGGAGGGGUGGAUGUAACCAGAACUGACAGUCAAGAGUUGUCAAGAGAACUGGCACGUUGUGAAGGUCCAAGUGCGAAGUCUGAAAUCGGUCAUGUAUGACAGAACUUCGCAUGAGUUUUAGACGUUUGUCAGCGAGAGCAAGCUAGUUCAGUUCAGAACGUAAGAACGGUGUGCACGUAAGUACAAGCACAACAAAGAAGCACGACAAAACAACACUGAGACUCCUGGACGAUUCUCAACCUAUGAGCAUCCUUCGACGAUGUAGUCUACGUUUGUUUUGAGUUAGAUUGUAACUACGUUUUCACGUAUAUGCAAGUAAGCAACACGUAAACAACAAAGUGAGUAAGUUUCCUGAAACUUGGCUACAACUUGAACAAAGUAUUCAAGUGUUCACGCAAUCCCAAAUACAUGGAUGGCAAUUGUUGCGUGGAGAGAACAGUCAAUUUCGGUUACACACGGGAACACUAUGGAAAAUGGGCACUACUGUGCUACCAUCAACCACAACGCGCCAAGACUUUUGCAGCUUCGUCAGUGUUAGCGUAUAGGAUUCGCACCGCGUCGAUCUAUUUCUAACUCGCGGGCCAGCGAAGUCGUGCCUCUUAAGCACUCGCUUCCCUGAUAGCAAUCCCAAAACCAGCGGAACCAGUCAAGUCGCUCGCUGUGGACUAUGCUACUGCCUUAGCCGCUGCCGGAUUCAAUAAGCCACGGCCACGAGCUCAAAGCGAUGGGCGCAGCGCUUGCGUUACGGUAGAGGGCAGAAGCCUUGCAGCAGUGCAGCACUUUGGCCUUCCUUCAGGCUACCCCGCUGCGCGGUUUUUGUAUGAUCGUGGAGAAGCAUGGACAAGCUUCCCCGCGACGGUUUCGCCAAUAUCUGAAACAGCGCAGCCCGCUAUAUUCUCAAUUCGUUUGGCGCAAGGAGCCAGCCAAAGCGCUGGCCUAUCGGAUCCAGGUGGUCCGUACGUGCUACAAGUUUGCUCUCUAUUAAUUCGCUAGCCAAGUCCUCUCCUUUAGGUGUUCCCUCAGUCUGUGUGAGGUGCUUUAGCAAGUUCUCUCUCGAUCGUGGGGCGGUCGCUGUUUUUGUUUUUCUGAUUCGCUCGGCCUCGAAGAUUGUUCCAAUUCUUGGCGCCAGCAAGCUCUUCAAGGUUUUCACUGCAUUGGACAAGCAACACAGUGGCAAGAGCUAGGCUGGGCCUCUCGCGUAUACUGGUCAAAAUUUUCGAGCGGGUGCGCUGUCUCAAUCUGGUGCGAAUUAUCUUGCGCGCAAGAGUUUGCAGCUUCUAUCUUCAAAGAUGUCACACGCAGCAAUUCUCUGCAGCAGCACCAGACCCGUCCGGCUCUGAACGUAGUGGCCUUUCUUCUGCUGAGUAGCAGUCUUCAACUUUUUCAGCAGUAUACUGCUGAGGCUUCGGCCAUUGCGUGGCUACUGUAGUACGACUGACCGGAGACGCGGCGCGUAGAUAUUUCUCACGCGCGUCGCGUGCAGUCAGGUCGCGUCGCCUGGGUUCUUUUCAGUUGAUUCGUGCGAGGGCUCCCUGCUCUGACGCGUGCAGCCCUUUGGUGAUACUUUCACGCGCGACGCUUGUCGUCAAAGCAGCGCACUUCUGUGCGUAUUCCUAUCAGUUCGGGCCCACGUUCUUGCUGCCAAUCGUUGGCCGCUUCCAGAAAGUAGCGGGUGAGUUUUUUCCUUCUUGUCUCUGCAGUAUUUCCCUCCUCCCUCUUCUUCCCUUUUUCCUGAAAGUCGUGCACUUUGCCAGUAUGUCAGAGCCUAGCGGUCUUGUUUUCUAAGUCUAGACCUUAUACUUACACGAGACAGCCCGAAGUGACUUAAUAAACUUAACAGCAGCGCAGGGAUGUCGUCAUCCCUGCGCUAGCCUGUGAUAUUUUUACUAGGGAUGCUGAAGAAGAGCGGAGCUACAGCAUAAUUGAAGUGUAUCUUGUAGUAACCAAAAGAUUUGCUCUCAACAACCAAGCACCAUCUGAAAAACUACCCACUCCUCUACAGGGCCUCUAAAUCUCCAAAGGGGAAGAAUCCUCUUGAAGAGGUUGCCAGCUCGAGUUCUAAACAACCACCGUCUGAAAAACUACCCACUCCUCUACAGGGCCUCAAAAUCUCCAAAGGGGAAGAAUCCUCUUGAAGAGGUUGCCAGCUCGAGUUCUAAACCACCAGAUGACAGGCCCUUUGGCAACGCGCUCGCUGGCCUGCCUGCCGACCUCGGAGACCUCGAAUCUGUAAGCGAGGAAGAUGCAUAGAAGUGUUCCAAACAUAUGACCGAGUCCUCUACGAACCCUUGUGGAAGGUGUCAGUAGACGUGAAGCUUUGUUGUCAAUUCUGGUUGGUGGAAAACAUGUUGUACAUGAUCUAGCUGACUGGACGGCUGCACCUACGCGGUGAAAAAUGAUGAUGAAGAACUUAUAAAGGAAGGAACACAGAAUCAUGGAAGUCCUCUUCAACCAACAUGCGACUGCUCUUUUGUCAUAUGCAGAUGACUGCAUUGACAUGAUGAAUAUGCUGAAUCCUAUGAAUCUCAAUCAACCCUUGUAUGAAAGGCUUUGAUGCUCCUACGCGACAUAUCUUCCAGAACAAUGAAACUCCUCUUCACUACCUACUAUUAGACCUCAAAAAAUAUCAGAACUGUUGUUUCGCUAUAAUGAUUCCUCAUAAAAGCAAGCCAUUUCCGCGUGCAGGGUCCUCGUUCACCUUCGCGGACGAACGAACAUAAGGGGGAUCGUUUGUCC